AUGCAAGUGGUGGUGACUCCAGCGCCGCCAGCCAAGCACCAGAGCACUUUAUUAUCGAGCACGCUACUCCUCUUUGUGUUAUACGUCACGGACAACGUCAUGCAACAGAAAUGGGUACUUCGCAAAACGUCUGCGGACUGUGCGCGGCUAAGCAGGAAAGUCAAUCGAGCUGGAAAUGAGUGUGGAAAAUUUGUCUGCUGUGGUCACUUGCAGCAAGUCAUCAAAACUUCUGUUAAUUGGCGUCUGUGGGACUCUUUUGCCCAAUGCAUUGCAUUCCAGACAUAUGUUACCGAUCUAAUUCGAGUGGCUCCAGGCAACACCUCUUGCAAGGCGAUGCAAUGGACACAUCAUCUUGUCGAAGAAUUUCUUGACGCCACAAAUCAGCGAAGCAAAGCUAGCGACUGUAUGCCAGCUAAUGAAUAUCUGGUCGCAACACCGAAAGUAGCUUCAUUGACGAGUCUUGACGAAAAUCGAUAUCAAGACUAUGGUGCAAGCGCCGAAAGCUAUGAGUGCCCAAUCUGCUGUGGCAAUUUGGCUGACGAUCCAACGUUGCGUCUAUUGUGUGGCCACAUCUACCACGCCGAUUGUGUAAGUGUGUGGCUAGAACUCCAGUACACGUGUCCUGUGUGCCGGGUUGCAUCUAGUACGCUGACCGAUAGUGUACGAGCCGGCACUGGGCGGGUCGUGGGAUAA